AUGUCUGUCCAAAAUAUUCUGCAGAGUUACCCCUGUUAUUCUGCCAAGCCUCUGGAGCACAGCCCUAGUGCUUCUGCAGCAUCUGGUUGGGAAGUAGAUAAUUUGGGGCAAACCCAUGCAGGUGAUUAUGACCUACUGGAAAGCACAGCCCAGUCUCCUCUAGGGGACAUCAGCAGAAAUUGCACUGAAGAUGGCUGGUCUGAACCUUUUCCACAUUAUUAUGAUGCCUGUGGCUUUGAUGAGAAUGAAACAGAGUCUGAAAACCAGGAUUACUACUACCUGUCUGUGAAGGCUCUGUACACGGUGGGAUACAGCACCUCUCUGGUUUCCCUCACCACUGCCAUGGUUAUCCUCUGUCGGUUCAGGAAGCUGCACUGCACUCGGAAUUUUAUCCACAUGAACCUCUUUGUUUCAUUCAUCCUCCGUGCAAUAUCUGUGUUCAUUAAAGAUGGGGUUCUUUAUGCUGAGCAGGAUGGCAACCACUGUUUUAUCUCAACAGUGGAAUGCAAAGCAGUGAUGGUGUUUUUUCACUACUGUGUCAUGUCCAACUACUUCUGGCUUUUCAUUGAAGGAUUGUACCUUUUCACUCUAUUAGUAGAAACCUUUUUCCCAGAGAGGAGAUAUUUCUACUGGUACACUAUUAUUGGCUGGGGUACCCCCACAAUUUGUGUCACUGUCUGGGCAGUGCUGAGACUUCACUUUGAUGAUACUGGCUGCUGGGACAUGAAUGACAACACUGCCUUGUGGUGGGUGAUCAAGGGUCCUGUGGUUGGAUCCAUCAUGAUAAACUUUGUGCUUUUUAUUGGCAUAAUUGUGAUACUCGUGCAGAAACUCCAGUCACCUGAUAUUGGGGGCAACGAGUCCAGCAUUUACUUGAGACUGGCUCGUUCUACACUCCUGCUUAUCCCCCUGUUUGGAAUUCACUACACGGUGUUUGCUUUUUCUCCUGAAAAUGUCAGUAAGAGGGAGAGACUAGUGUUUGAAUUGGGACUGGGAUCUUUCCAGGGAUUUGUUGUUGCUGUUCUCUAUUGUUUCUUGAAUGGGGAGGUGCAAUCAGAAAUAAAGAGAAAAUGGAGGAGCUGGAAAGUCAACCGGUAUUUUGCUGUGGAUUUCAAACACCGUCAUCCCUCUCUAGCGAGCAGCGGAGUGAACGGGGGGACACAACUCUCCAUUCUGAGCAAGAGCAGCUCUCAGAUUCGGAUGUCCAGCAUAAAUGCGGAGAACCUAGUGACAUGA